AUGUCGACGCCCAGCGCAGACCGCAAAGUCGACGUCGCCAUCGUGGGCGGGGGCGUGUGCGGCCUCACCUGUGCGGUUGCGCUGCAGAGGGCCGGCGUGUCUGUGCAGCUGUUCGAAGCCGCGGCUGCGUUUGGGGAGAUCGGAGCCGGCAUAGGUAUCGGACCGAACGCCGUACGCGUUUUGCGGGCAUUGGGGGUCUUGGACGAGGUGUUGCAGAAAUGCAACCCCGGAGACCUGCGGCCUAGAGGCUUCACCUAUCGCACCGGCGUCGGCGAACAUAGAGCAGUGUAUAAAACCACCGCAGAGGGCCCUGAAGAGCAGGGCAUCGGUAUGCACCGCGCGGCUUUCCUCGACGCGCUCGUCGGCGUGGUGGACAGCAGUGCGUGUCACUUCAACAAACGCCUCGUGUCCAUCUCCGAAUCGCCUACCGAUCCCAGCCGCAUCCUCUUGCAUUUUCUGGAUGGAACGACGCACGAGGCCGAUGUCGUGCUUGGGGCGGACGGGAUCAAGAGCUCCGUGCGCAAGUUCAUAUUGGGAGGAAAGGACGACAGGGCCGCGUUCAGCAACACGGUCGCGUAUAGAGGUUUGAUACCCUAUCCGAAGCUUAAAGCGGCGGGGUUCAAGACGGAGUUGACUGCGUCUCCGGCGUGCUUCGUGGGGCCCAGCAAGCACUUCAUAGUUUUCCCGAUAAAGAACGAUACGAUUAUCAACGUCGUAGCGUUCGCCGCAAGAUACGACGUCCCCACAGGCUCCGCGAAUCUCCCGGAAGGCACGCCGUGGGUGGAAGAGGUCUCCAAGGACGAGCUGAAGCAGGUGUACGAAGGCUGGGGCUCCGACAUCGCCGCGAUCCUCGAGUGCAUGCCCGAGACCCCAAGCAAGUGGUCUAUCCACGUCGUCCAUCCGCCGCUCGAAAGCUACACUGCCGGGCGGGUUGCCCUGCUCGGUGAUGCCGCCCAUGGGAUGCUGCCUCACUUGGGCGCUGGGGCCGGGCAGGGAUUGGAGGAUGCCUACCUGCUCUCGCGUCUCCUCAGCCACCCCCAAACACACAUCAAUAACAUAGAAGUAUACUCGCAGAUCCGGAAGCCGCGCGCACAGUCCGUCUGGGAGCUCAGCCAGCUCGCGGGGCGCACGUACGACGGGAACGGGCCGCACGGGGAAGACUGGGACAGCGUCGGCGCCGACCUCGAUGGCCUCUUCCACUCCGUCUGGCGCCACGACCUCGACGCUGAAUUCGAAGCGGCCCUCGCGCUGCUGCGCGAGCGCGGGGCUUUCUCAGCGGAUGCUUCUCCGUAG